AUGUUGAGAAAGAGAUUAGUGUAUAGUGGAUGUUUGACUGAAAUGCUUAAUCAAAGAGACUAUCAAAAGGGUUACGCCAACAGAGAGUGGGGUGAGAACGCUGCCGACUUUUUUGGCGACUAUAGCGUGCUCAAUCAUAGCGGGGAGUUUGGGUAUCUUCUAUCCUCUGUUUCUCGACCUGGAUCUUUCACCCCUUGGGUGAUUAUAGGCUGUAUGUGUUCAGCUAUCGGAUCUGGUUACAUGAGUUUGUUUAAAGUCAAUACUGGGGCCGGUGAAUGGAUUGGAUUUUAG